GGCAGUUAGGGCUGGCCUGCCCAACUCACCAACCCCAUCACCAUCACCAUGGCCUCUCUGCUUUCCUCCGUGGGGAUCGCAACCGCCCUCAUCCUGGGAGUCUGGUGGAUACGCCAUUUCCGCAAUCCUCUCUCAUCCUCAAAUCCGCCCGUGACGGCUGCCAACGAUAGUCCUCCCCCGGUGCCCCAUCCGCUGAGCCAGAAACUCGAGGCCGCCCUGCCGCAGAGGGUGCUGCUGCUCCAUCGCGACGGUGAGCAGUUCCGCGAAUCGAUCAACGCCUACUUCUCCGGCCAGGCGCGCGACGUCGUGCAAGCUGCCAUUGUGCAACCGCGCACCGCGGACGAGGUCGCCACGGCCGUCCACAUCAUCAAGGAGGAAUACGACCAUCGACAACAACAGCAACAGCAACAAUCCCGCAGCUGCAGCGAGACCGAGGAUGUGCUCUUCGCCGUGCGCGGCGGAGGCCAGUCUCCCGUGGCGAGCAGUGCCAGUGCCCACGGCGGCGUGCUGAUUGACCUCACCCACCUGCGCGAGGUGACUGUCGCGGAGGACCGGGAGAGCGUCACCAUUGGGGCCGGAUGUCGCUGGAUCGAUGUCUUGGACGUCUUGGACCCAAUGGGUCUGGGGGUAGUCGGGGGUCGAAGCAACGUGGUCGGCGUGGCCGGGUUUACCUUGGGAGGGGGCAUCUCCUUCUACACACCGCAGUACGGCCUAGCCUGUUCCAAUGUCUUCUCCUACGACGUGGUGCUAGCCUCUGGAGAGAUCGUCACCGCCACAGCGACCUCGCAUCCCGACCUCUGGCGGGCCCUGAAAGGCGGCGCGAACAACUUCGGAAUCGUCACUCGAUUCACCAUGCGCUGCUUCCCCUGCACGCCUCUAUGGGCGGGCUUUAUCUGGGCCCCAGGCUUCGAGAUCACCAAGGCGUUGCGCGCUCUGCACGACAGCGUCCAACGCGUCGAUCCGCACCGCAAUGCCGGCCAGGUCGACCUCUUCGCCGCCGGCGCCAUCACCUGCUACACAUACGUGCAGUCCCUCCGCUUGCGCGUGAUAGCCCAACAUCUAACGUACACGAAACCGCCCGAGCAGCCCAAGAAAUGGCCUGUCUUCUGGCAGCAGUCGGGGUUUUCGCGUCUGUGGCGGUUCGGGAGCACGCCCUGCGUGCGGACAGCCUCCUCGGCCAUCAAGGAGAUGCUCCACACGGGUUUCAUCGGCCAGCGGAACUCAUUCGGGACGACGACCAUCCACAACGAUCUGGCGACCAUGCUGGCCGUCCGGGAGGUUUUCGACGAGGCGAUGGGCGCCAUGCGCAGGAUGAAGGGCGUGUACUUCAACCUGGUCAUGCAGCCGCUGCUGCCGUCGUGGACGGCCAAGGGCGAUCCUAAUAUGCUGGGUAUUCAUGAGAGUACGGACACGCCUCUGAUCAUCGUCAGUCUGUCUUUUACUUGGGCUUCGUCGCAGGAUGACGCCUAUGUCGGCUCGGUGACGCGCGGAAUCAUUGAGAAGAUCGACGCGGUCGCGAAUGCCAAGGGUACCGGCCAUCCGUAUCGCUUCUUGAACUAUUGUGAGAAAUGGCAGCGGCCGUUGGAAGGGUAUGGUGAGGAGAACCUGCGGCUCCUGCGAAGGGUUGCGGGGGAGUAUGAUCCCGACGGGCUCUUUCAGCGCGGAUGCAUUGGGGGGUUUAAACUCCACCCGGAAGCGACGUCGACAGAUGGAAAGGCCCUGGCUUAAUGGUUCAAAGCUAGCAUUCUUACAUGUCUGGUCUGACGGUGUCGUGGAGAGAGGUGAUGGGUGAUAUACAUCAGGGUAUCUACGCAAUCCAGCAAGUUGACUUGACUUGCGUCUUUGUUUUGACUGUAUAAGGGUGCAAAAAGCCCCAAGCCAGUGCCCUACUGGGAACUUGUAUAGAUGGUGCACUGCCUUUCUUUUGUUUCAAUACUUCGAGCUUAACAUGAACAUACUCAGUCAAAAAUAACAGAUAGCUG